AUGUCAAUAGUUCAUGUACCUAAUACGAGGGAUUACUGGGGAGAAGUUACUGGUACUCAUCUGAUCAAGACAACAAUGACAGUGAAUCAGUAUGAGCAAAUACGUAAGUUUCUUCACUUCAAUGACAACAGUGCAAUGAUACCCAGGGGUGAAAAAGGUCAUGAUAGACUCUUCAAGAUAAGACCCAUAAUAGAAUUGAUGAGAUCUCGGUUUCAAACAAUACCUGUUGAGGAGUGUGUUUCUGUUGAUGAACAGAUAUGUUCAACAAAGGCUAGAAGUUAUUUGAAACAAUACAUGCCAAACAAGCCUCAUAAAUAUGGAUACAAAUUAUUUGUUAUUAGUGGCAUAUCUGGUUAUGCCUACGAUUUUGAGAUUUUCACUGGAGAUGAAAAUGAACCAGAAAAAAGAGUGACUGGGGAGGAAGACUUGGGAGCAAGUGCAAAUGUUGUAGUUCGACUCAGUAGGAUACUACCAAGAAAUAUGAACCACAAACUGUACUGUGACAAUUAUUACACAAGUCUGCCACUGCUUGUAUGGUUACAUAAACAAGGAAUUUACUCACUUGGGACAGUCAGAAGAAACAGAGUGCCAGACUGCAAGCUCCCUUCAGAAGCUGAGCUGAAGAAAAUGGCACGAGGUGCAUCAGUAGAGCGCGUCGCAACAGUGGAUGGUGUCGACAUAUCAAAUGUAGUGUGGAAAGAUAACAAGAGUGUGAUGUUGCUUUCUACACUUGCUGGACAGCAGCCUAUUCAUGAAGCAGGGAGGGAGAUGCGCGGCGCUGAGUCGACGCGAAAGAACGGUCGGUCGGACGCGGAGGUGAGCGAACGCGCGGCUGUGAGGAGUCCAUGUUGGGCGCGGAACCCGUUCUGCAGAACAAUAUGCCGGCCGCGCACCGCGUCCCGUCACGUCCUGCCCUGGGCUGGUCCGCCUUUGCCGGCGCUGACUUGCACGUCUGGGAAGAAAUCUGACGACGCAUAA